CACCUGCAAAAUUGAUCUAUGUGAAACAACCGGCAGUUUCUGGACAGUAUAAACGCUGGACGGGGUGCUGUUGUACACCUAGUGCAUGGACUCUCACUUCCCAACGAAUCUUCCUUUCACAAUUUUGGUGAUUCACGUUGUGUGCAAUAAUUUCCGUCAACUGAAUGGCAGUUGAACGUCUUCUUCGUUAGCAAGAUGUCCGAAGGAAGUUGUAUGUAUUUAGAAUUAAGAUAUUUCACCUGCCAGAGGAAUUAACUGUGGCCCAUCCAGUUCUAGAAAAAAAAAUCCUAUUGAUGAAAAAUCAGAUCAAGAGAUGUCAAGGUACGAGAUCAAGGACGAGUAUCAGAGGGAGGUGGCUCGGGAAGUACGACUCACUGGGUUUACCAAUUCACCUGAAGGAACAACCAUCGUUGGGAAUACUUUUGCAAAUGAAAUCUCCCCGAGGGAUGAAAAGCGAUUGAAUGUUGUCUAUAGUGAUGAAAACCGGGAAAAUGAGAUGUUCUGGAAUACACGGUGGUUAUGCCAGAGGGUCCGAAGAUCCUUCAAAACAAAAUUACUUUAUAGAAGAAUACCAAUACUCGAUUGGCUUCCAAGGUAUCGGAGUGAUUAUAUUGUCAGUGAUCUCGUUGCUGGAAUCACCGUCGGACUGACUGUCAUUCCUCAGGCUAUUGCUUAUGCGAAUGUUGCUGGUAUUCCACCUCAGUAUGGCCUGUACUCAUCAUUCAUGGCGUGUUUCGUUUAUACCAUAUUCGGAUCGAGCAAGGAUGUACCUGUAGGUCCAACUGCAAUUGCUGCUAUUCUAACACGUGAAACACUCUCACGCGCUCAUAUGGGCCCUAAUUUUGCUGUUUUAUUAGCAUUUAUAUCUGGGCUUGUAUCAUUACUCAUGGGAAUUCUCCAAUUGGGUUUCCUCAUUGAUUUCAUCUCUGGUCCAGUCUCUGUUGGAUUUACAUCAGCAGCCGCAAUCAUCAUUGCUACAAGCCAAAUCAAAGACGUCCUCGGGAUCCGAAUCUCCGGGGGAAAUUUUCUGGAUACAUGGCACAAUGUCUUUGAACACAUCUGUGACACCCGUAUCUGGGACACUAUAUGGGGACUCACUUCAAUUGGAGUCUUAUUAAUCCUUAGAAAAGUCAAAGACAUUCCUUUAAACUCAAGGGAUACGAAAGUCGCAUCAACUAGCACAAAAAUAAUGCAAGCAUGCCUCUGGUUCUUGAGCACAUCGAGGAACAUAUUAGUUGUUGUCAUUUCGGCCGGGGCAUGUUGGUACCUAGAGAGUCAGUUGGGGUCAUCACCGGUGAUCUUAACGGGUCACGUUAAAGAAGGCUUGCCAAGCCUACAAUUACCACCUUUCUCUACUACUGAGGGCAACGUAACGUACAAUUUCGUAGAUAUGGUCUCCGCACUAGGAUCUGGAUGCAUCGUUGUGCCUCUCCUGAGUCUAUUGGAGAGUAUUGCACUUGCUAAAGUCUUCUCUGAUGGCAAGCCUAUUGAUGCAACCCAAGAAAUGUUGGCUAUUGGUCUAUGUAAUUUAAUGUCCUCUUUCGUGUCGUCAAUGCCAGUAAGUGGUGGACUGAGUCGAGGAGCAGUGAACCACUCAUCGGGCGUUAAAACCACUCUGGGUGGUGUUUACACCGGUAUCCUUGUCCUUGUCUCUCUCCAAUUUCUCACUCCAUAUCUCUAUUAUAUUCCAAAAUCUGCUCUGGCCGCCGUAAUUAUCGCAGCUGUUCUGUUCAUGGUUGAGUUUCACGUGAUAAAACCAAUGUGGAGAACGAAAAAGAUUGACUUGGUGCCGGCGGCAGUCACUUUUAUCUGUUGUCUUUUUGUUAAUUUGGAAUUGGGAAUAGUCAUUGGAAUUGGAGUUAAUCUACUGUUUCUACUUUAUGCAUCUGCGCGACCGAGUCUCAAAGUCAUGAAAAUGAUGACCCCAAGUGGCUGUGAAUAUUUGCUAAUAACACCAGAUCGAAGUCUCGCAUUUCCAAGUGUUGAGUAUGUGAGAGCUAUGAUAAGUAAACAUGGAACACGGCUGGGGAAUAAUGUUCCAGUUGUCAUUGAUUCGACACACAUUCAGGCGGCAGACUUUACAGCUGCCAAAGGAAUAAAAAAUUUGAUUCAGGAUUUUUUUAUAAGGGGCCAACCAUUGAUAUUUCUUAAUCUUAAACCAAGUAUCAUUGCCAUCUUCCAAGGAGUUAAACCGUCAGAAAUGUGGAUCUGCUCCAGUGAAACUGAAUUAAAUGACAGCCUGAAAGAUUCCUCAAUGGUUGCUUCUAUCACAGUGACACGGCACUAAUUACGAUUGAAAAGAGAUCGUAUAGAUGAACGGAAAUUAGGAAAUAAGCCACACGAUUGAAAUUCAAAAUUAUGUAAUAUUUUGUCAAAUAUAUAUGUAUAUUUGUGUACAAGAAUCCCUCACUAUUUAUGGCUGAUAACUCCUAUUUCUACCAUGUAAAUCAGCGAUGACAAUCCAAUUGUCUUCCCCGGACGAUAGUUUUGCCAUAUAAAAUGUUGCCUUAUUAGUGUAUCUGUAAAGUUGAAAAUAAAAUGACUGCUCGUCUGUAAAUUAAAUUAAAUUGAAAGAUGUGUUCUAAUGAAAGUAAAUCAAAUGACACGCUAACAGGCAAACGGUUCAUUCAUUUAUUAUCGACAAUAACAUUUUCAUUGCAGCAAUAAGUACGAUCGAAAAUAGUCCAUUGGAAAUUAUUGUAAAUUCUUAUAAAACCUUUUCCAUAUUUGUGUAUAAAAGUCUCUCACUAUAUGUCAUUGAUAAUGCCUAUUUUUACCAUAUCAAUCAGCAUGGUAAAUCAACGAUGGCAGUCCAGGCGUCUUGCUCCAGCCGAUGGUUUUGCCAUGUAAAAAGUCGCUUUACCAGUGUAUCUAUAAUGAUGAACACAAUUAAUUGCUCAUUCUGUAAAUAAAAAAAUUUUAAUACUCA